AUGUGGAAGGUGUUGAUUCUUCUUUGUGCUGCAGCUUCUCUGGUGUGCUGCGAUCGCGACUACCGUUUAAAAACGAAUCGAAUCCAAUUUGAAGAUGAUCAAUUAAAAUCCACGAGAUGGCAAGAUCUUGAAACAACUCCGUACGACAAUAUCAUUCAUUUUGAUGGCGAGAAACACUUCAAAAAUGUGAAACAGCUUACAUUUGGAGGAAUGAACGCCGAAGGGUAUUUCAGUUUUGACAACACGAAAUUGACAUUACAAGCGAGUGGAUACGGCACAGACUGCGACCAAAUCUAUGAGCUCGAUUUGAACAUUGAUCCGAGACAACAAACACUUCGCCGAAUUAGUACAGGAUUGGGAGCAACAACAUGCUCAUACUUUUUUAAAGAGCCUGAUAAUAAUCAUCGUCUCUACGCAGGAACAUUUUUGAGUUUCCAAAAUCAGAGUAUCAGUGACGUAACAAAAACGUGUCCAAAGAAAAAAUGCGAGAAUCCAACGGACCCUGAAUUGAAGAAACUCUGCAAUACGAGUUAUACUUGGGAUAUUUUUCCAGAUUAUGAUAUUUUCAAGGUGGAUAAAUACGGAAAUUUUGUUCAAAGACUUACCGACACCCCCGGAUAUGAUGCAGAAGGUGUUGUAUCUCCCGAUGGUACUAAAAUCGCAUUCACUUCGAUGAGAACUGGAGAUCUUGAGCUAUUUACUAUGAAUUCGGAUGGAACCAAUGUUGUUCAAAUCACCAGUGAAUUGGGAUAUGAUGGGGGAUCAUUCUUCUCGCCCGAUGGAAAACGCUUGAUUUUCCGCGCAAGUCGUCCAAAAACACCCGAAGAUGUUGCGAAAUACAAAGCUCUUUUGAGUUAUGAUUUGGUUGAGCCUAUUGCAAUGGAAUUGUUCGUCGUCGACAUUGACGGUAAAAACAUGCGACAAAUCACAAAUCUAACACAGGCCAACUGGGCGCCAUACUAUCUAAGCGACAACAAAAGAGUCGUAUUCAGCUCUAAUUAUGAUGCUGCUGCCAAUGGAUUCGGAGCAUUCAGUCUGUUCGUGAUUAAUGACGAUGGAACAGGGCUUGAGAAGAUUACAUUUGGCGAAAAUCAAUUCAAUUCAUUCCCAAUGAUGAGCUACGAUGGAAAAAAACUUGUGUGGGGAUCUAGCCGAAAUGGAACCAAAAUAGCUGAAGGGGUUUACGAGCUCAACUUGUUCAUUGCUGACUGGACAGAUGAUACAGAUCCACCACCGACCACGCCGGCUCCAGCUAAACCCAAAACAACAACGCAUAUUGAAGUGACAACCAAAUCAGUGGCACUACUAACGACAUCCUUAACAUUUGUUUUGUCGCUUUUAAACUUUUAG